ACACGACAAAGAGAGCGACAACAAGACACAGGGACAAGUGUCGGACGACGGAGCAGAGAGAAGAGUCGAGACAGGAUGGAGAUACAGAGAGGAAUACUGCGGCCAAGCAAGUCAACCACAUCCUUGCGCCCGCAUGCACUGCGCCGAUGCCAGACAUCCGAGGCACUGCUCCUUGGCACGGGACAUCUGCCAGAGCGCACCCUCGACUUGCCCAUGCGCGCGCCUACAGCGCAGCAGGAAGACCGUGGCGACAGUAGCAGUGAUAGCUUCCACUGCAACAUCUGCCUAGAGUCUGCGCGCAAUGCCAUUGUCACUUCUUGUGGCCACCUCUUUUGCUGGGCCUGCUUAUACAGCUGGCUCAUCACGCCCGCACAGCUCCACUGCCCGAUGUGUCCCGUCUGCAAGGCCGGAUGCGAAGUAUCCAGUCUGACGCCCAUCUAUGACAACGCCGAUACAUCGCAGGACUUGCCUAGUCCACCACAGCUAACGGCCAGCAAGAGCCGGACCUUCUCAAGCAGCUCCCAGUCGAAGCCCAAGAAUGUCUUUGACCAGUGGCUCGUGCCGCACAUUCAUCCACCAUCACUGGCCAUCUUGCCGGAUGGAUCUGUUCCUGCGCGUCCUGUUGCGCGACCCAGGCCAGUCAACAGGAAGCAGCCACGCUACCCGCCGCAUGCCAAUACAAGUCAUGUCCACACCGCUGGUCUUUUUGGGGGCGCUCAUCCGAUCGUCUUGUUUUCCGCAGGCAUCACAACACUCUGCGGUAUGCAGUUCUUUCAGAAUGGAGGCUUUGGCAAUGACCUGGCGCAGGAGACCUUCAACACGAGCAGGAUGCUGACACUGCUGGCCUUCUUCAUCAUUGCCGGGGUCUGGUUCCACUGACCUGGGCAUACUCUCCUUUUUGGUUCUUUUGCUUCUUGCCUCUUGCAGCUAGCGCCGGCAUCCUUGCUUUCUCUCUUCCCAUCCGUAUAUCAUAUAAUCCAUUGAGUCCAU